UUUGUAAUUGUAUCGUUGAAGGACGGAAUGUUCAAUCACGCGAAUGUACUGUUUAAAACACGAUUCGUUGACGGCACUUCUACGGUGAUGCGUACCGAGAAUCGUGAUCAGUGGGUUAUCGAGCAGCCGGUUCAGAUGAGGGGCGAUCUGGGCGCUCAGGGCGCCAAGGAGAAUAUUGGGGACGAGGUCGGGGCACCGAAAAAACAACGACGCGCUUGA